AUGACACAAACACGUAUACCCUCGCUGCGGUCCAUAGCGACUUGCCUCUUCCACGUCCUCGCCAGCGUCUCCGCCGCUCCCCGGCGCCCGCCCAAGAGCCCUUUUCGCGCGCUGCAGGCCGUGCCGACGGGCCUGUCCCUGUCGUCCGUCAUCACGGGUCUGUACGCCAACGACACGGCCGACGCGCAAAUCGCCAUCCACGACAUGCACGGCAACCCCUCGUGGACGUGGAGCGCCGCCGACGUCGCCUCCCAGUCCAACAUACCCGCGGACCUCCUCAGCUGUAUCCAGUCGGUCACGGCCGUGCCCGAGGCCAAAUGGGCCGACGGCGGGCGCAGCGUGCUGUCCAUCUACAACGCCGCGGCGCUCAUGAUCACGCACGCGCCCGGCGGCGAUACGGACAAGCAGGUGACGUGGGGCGUGUGCCUCAACCAGGACGGCCGGACCAACACGCACAGCCUCGAGCUGGUCCCCGACGGGCAGGUGGCCAUCGCCACGACCACGUCAAGCACCGAGGCCACGAUCCAGGUUUUCAACGUCUCGGCGGGGCUGACGACGGACCCCUCGCCCGUGCAGUCGCUCAACCUGCUGCCCGCGGUGCACGCGCUCGUCUGGGACGAGCAGGGCGGCCUGCUCUGGGGCGCCGGCAGCAGCGCCGACCCGACCGGCGCGUCGGGCAGCUCCGCGCCGGCGCUCAACGGGUACAGGUACACCCGCGGCCCCGGCGGCGGCUUCGUCACGCAGCCGACGUACAGCUACAACGUCACGACCGCCGUCGCGCUCGACACCGAGUGGGCCGACUCCGAGUACAGCGGCUGGUGGGACGGCGGGCACGACAUGACGGGCGUGCCGGGCCGCCGCCAGCUGCUCCUGUCCACCGACACGGACCUGCACGUCUUCGACAUUGACUCUCAGACCUUUGAGAGCGGCAGCUCCGUGGCGAGCAAGUACCUCCCCGGCUUCACGCCCGUCGACAGCCGCGUCGGCAGCGACGGCCAGUCGCUGCCGCGGUCCGACAUCAAGUCGCUCAGCAUUGACGGCAACAACAACGUGCUGUACGUGCAGGCUGCCUGGCAGGACGUCACGUCGUACCAGAUCAACCUGCUCGAGAAUGGCCAGCUGCAGCCGGCGCUGACGUACCCGCAGCAGCUGUAUCGAUCGCGGUGGUUUGCCGACACGCCGACGUGGCCCAAGGCCCGUCUGCCUCCGUCCUAG